GGGGGCGAUACACCAUAAGGCAAACACAAAACAAAAGCAACAAAGCAGAGCAAAGAUUGGAUUGUUCCGGGAAUAAACAAGAAAGGCAAGGGUGGAUGGAGUAAAAAAAGCAACUAGUAGAAAUAACUGCCCAAUGCCGAGUUCCGAGGAGAGCGAGAGGUGGAGGAGGAGAGAGAGAAAAGCGCGGGGGCGCGAAGGCAAGCUGUAGUUACACACAUCACCCACCCCGUCGCACUCGCACCGCAAUCUCCCCGAUCCCCAAUUCCCCCAUUAUCCGCCGAGCCCCGCCCCGCCCCGCCAAUGGACCACCACCUCACGCCGACGCCGCCGCCGCCGCCGCCGCCGAUGGGGAACUCCGCGGCGGGGGCGUCCUCGAAGCCGCCGACGCCGGCGUCCACGCCCAACUCGCGCCUCGCCUCGGCGCCGUCCUCCCGCCACGCCGCCACGCCGCCGCACGCGUCGGCGGCGGCGUCCGCCCCGGCGCCGGCCUCGCGCACCGUCUACAGCGACCGCUUCAUCCCCAGCCGCACCGGAUCCAACCUCGCGCUCUUCGACCUCGCCCCCUCGCCCUCCUCCGCCGCCUCGUCCUCGCACUCGCACGACGCCGGCCCCGCGGCCUCGUCCGGAUCUGCGCAGCCCGCCGCGUCGCCCUACUGCACGCUCCUCCGCGCCGCGCUCUUCGGCCCCGACACGCCCGACCGCGUCGCGUCCUCGGCCGCCGCGUGCUCCUCGUCGUCGUCCUCCUUCUCCCCGGGGCCCUCGCCUGUCGGCACCCCCGCCACCGGGAACAUCUUCAGAUUCAAGACGGAGGUGCGCCGGAACGCCAAGAGGGCGCUUUUUUCGGGAGACCAAGAGGAGGACGCGCUGUUCCCCGGCAUUUUCACCACCAGGGGCGCGGGACCAAGGAAGGUGCCAAGGUCGCCGUACAAGGUGCUGGAUGCGCCCGCUUUGCAGGACGACUUCUACCUCAACCUCGUCGAUUGGUCUUCACAUAACGUCCUUGCUGUCGGGUUGGGCAAUUGCGUUUACUUGUGGAAUGCAUGCAGCAGCAAGGUCACCAAGCUUUGUGAUUUGGGGGUGGAUGACAAUGUUUGCUCUGUGGGGUGGGCGCAGCGCGGCACUCACCUAGCUGUAGGCACAAAGCAAGGAAAAGUUCAGAUCUGGGAUGCAACUCGUUGUAAAAGAAUAAGAACUAUGGAAAGCCAUCGCAUGCGUGUAGGUGCUCUUGCAUGGAGUUCUUCUUUGCUUUCUUCUGGAAGCCGUGACAAGAGCAUCCUCCACCAUGAUAUCCGUGCUCAAGAAGAUUAUGUUAGCAAGCUUACCGGGCAUAAAUCUGAGGUUUGUGGACUCAAGUGGUCUUAUGACAAUCGUCAGCUUGCAUCCGGAGGCAAUGACAAUGGACUUUUUGUUUGGAAUCCACAUUCAGUACAACCAGUACUGAAGUAUACUGAGCACACAGCAGCUGUCAAAGCUAUUGCCUGGUCACCUCAUCUCCACGGCCUGCUUGCAUCUGGUGGAGGAACUGCAGAUAGAUGCAUACGAUUCUGGAAUACGACCACAAAUACACACUUGAGUUGUGUGGACACUGGCAGCCAGGUCUGCAAUCUUGCGUGGUCAAAGAAUGUGAAUGAGCUUGUUAGCACCCACGGGUACUCCCAGAACCAGAUAAUUGUUUGGAGAUAUCCAACAAUGUCGAAGCUUGCCACUUUGACAGGGCACACGUACCGAGUAUUGUAUUUAGCUAUUUCCCCUGACGGCCAGACCAUAGUUACUGGUGCCGGUGACGAAACACUCCGUUUUUGGAACGUGUUCCCCUCUCCAAAGUCCCAGAGCUCUGAUAGUCUAAGUUGCAUCGGGGGUACAUCGUUUGUUAGAAGCUACAUCCGGUGACCCGCAGAAACGUAGUUUGAACUGAGCUCAUAAGGUAAUUGCAGCAUAUGUGGAUGAUCAUCAGCAUCAUCCCAUUCAUGACAACCAUGCCAUCAGGUCGUCAACCAUCCAAGGUAGCUGAAUUUUUGAGAUGCCACGGCGCAGCCCGAUGGAAGAAGUGGCUUGCGAAUCCGGGCAUGGCUCUUUUGGCCGAGAGUGUACAUAUUUAUCAGAGCAACAACGGCGCGCAUGUUACAGGAGUGCAGCAUAGCGGAGGCCUCAAGCAUCGGCAUUGUUCCCAGCUGAUAAGAAUACGCCCCCUUUUUUUGUUGUUAUUUUUUUGUCCAUUUUGCGGGUCAAACGUCGACCUGGUAUGUGUGUCUAGUGCGCUAGCAGUUAACCUAUUCGAAACGCUUACUGACCUGUGACGCCCAUUUCUCAUUCAUGCUGGCACGGUGUAAGAUGAGAGCACUUGUUCCAUGGUUUCGUUCCUGGUGUCUUGAAAAGGAGGGCUGGUUCUGCCCUCGACUGGCUUGUUUCGAAGUAAUAGACAGUCGAGAAACGUGUGUUCGUUGUUGUUUGUUGAUGUAUGGACACCAAGACAAUGCUGAACCUUGUCUGGCUACCUUUGUUGUAAAGUGCAUGUAUCCAGCUUGUGGUU